AUGAUGUCCAUGAACAGCAAGCAGGCGUUCAGCAUGCACCCCAUCCUGCACGAGCCCAAGUACCCGCACCUGCACACCAGCUCCGAAGCCAUCCGCAGAGCCUGCCUGCCCGCCCCCCAGAUCCAGGGGAACAUCUUUGCGGGCUUUGACGAGACGCUGCUGCGCGGGGCCGAGGCUCUGGCCGCCGUGGACAUCGUGUCGCAGAAAACGCACCCCUUCAAGCCCGACGCCACCUACCACACCAUGAGCAGCGUGUCCUGCACUCCUACCUCGUCCUCCGUCCACCUGCACCACCCGUCCGUGCUGACCACGCACCACCCGCACCACCACCACCACCACCAGCCCUCGCAGGGCCUGGACGGGGAGCUGCUGGAGCACCUCAACUCGGCGCUGCCCCUCGGAGGGGUGCCGGGCCCCGACGUGGGCUCCACGCCUUCGCACCCGCACUCCCACAUGUCCCACAUCAACCACAUGGCCCACCACUCCCAGCCCAUGAACGUGUCCCACCCUCACGGCCUCGCUUCCCACGCCGUCAUCUCCGGCCCCGAGACGGAGACGGACCCGCGGGAGCUCGAGUCCUUCGCCGAGCGCUUCAAGCAGAGGAGGAUUAAGCUGGGGGUCACCCAGGCCGACGUGGGCUCCGCGCUGGCCAACCUGAAGAUCCCCGGCGUGGGCUGCCUCAGCCAAAGCACCAUCUGCAGGUUCGAGUCGCUCACCCUGUCCCACAACAACAUGGUGGCCCUCAAGCCCAUCCUGGAAGCGUGGCUGGAGGAGGCCGAGAGGGCGCAGAGGGAGAAAAUGACCAAACCCGAGAUCUACACGGGGGGGGACAAGAAGCGCAAGCGCACGUCCAUCGCCGCCCCCGAGAAGCGCUCGCUCGAGGCCUAUUUCGCCGUCCAGCCCCGGCCCUCGUCCGAGAAGAUCGCCGCCAUCGCCGAGAAGUUAGACUUGAAGAAGAACGUGGUGCGGGUCUGGUUUUGCAAUCAGAGACAGAAGCAGAAAAGGAUGAAAUUUUCUGCCACCUACUGAGAAAAGGGGCUGGGGAGG